AUGACGGAACCGGCUAACCGGAUCCGGUUACCCGGCAGCAAGGUGUACGGAGUCUUAUGGCAGCUUUUACACGCGAUUAAACGUUACGUAGAUGAUUUGAUUCUGGCAGUUCCACAGAAUGAGAUAGAUAACACUCUAAGGGUUUUUAACAGUUAUGAUAAUGACAUCCAGUUCGCCGUUGAAAGGGAGCAGAACAACUGCAUCCCGUUUUUGGAUAUGUUAAUACAUAGAGACCAACAUAAUAAGUUAGCCACGAAAUGGUAUGGAAAAUCUAUGAGUAGUGGCAGGUACAUUAAUAUUCAUUCAUACCGUCAAAAUAGAAUGAAACUGAAUCUAAUCUCAGCCCUUAAAGCCAGGGUAAGGAGACAGCAUCAGGAUAGGGCAAUUGACUUUCUAGUUAAAGAACUGAAAGUAUGUACUGCUAAGGAAGCUGAGGAGAGAAUCUUUUUUAUUUCUGCUAAGGAAGUCCUUCAGGCACGAUUGGCAGAACAGUGUCAUACUGUUUUAACUCCAUUAACAGAUGGUUUUCAAACAAGAUACUUUGAAUUCCAAGAUUUUGAGAGAAAAUUCGAAGAAUGCAUUUCUAAAUCUGCUGUUAAAACUAAAUUUGAACAACACUCUCAAAGAGGACGAUAUAUUGCUAGUGAACUUCGUGAUAUAUUAGAUGGUAUAUAUAGUGAUGCAUUGAAGUUAAAAGAAGAAAAGUUAAUGCAGCGUAAGGAAUUAACGGAUAAAAUUACUUAUACUGAACAACAAUUAAUAAUUAUUACUCAAGAAAUGAAAAAGAAAAUUCAUUGUAUGGUGGAAGAUGUCGAGCAAAGGGUGUCAAAGGCUCUAAAUGAAGAAAUACGUCGUUUGAGUAGUUUAGUGGAUGAGUUUAAUUUACCUUUCCAUCCAGAGCCUUUGGUGCUUAAUGUCUACAAAAAGGAACUUCAUUUGCAUGUAGAAACUGGGUUAGGUUCUAAUUUGAGGGCUAGGCUCUCUACUGCUCUUGCUUUAAAUAUGGAAGCCAGUCAAAGAGAAAUGACUGAAAGAAUGAAUACUUUAAUACCAGAAAACCAUAAGGCAGCUAGUACUGUAAUAUUACCUAGAAGACAACCAUUUGAAAUACUUUAUAGAUUAAAUUGUGACAACUUAUGUGCUGAUUUUCAAGAAGAUUUGGAAUUCAGGUAA